AUGUCUGGGUCAUCCAACAUUGUAGCGAUGAAGAAGAUUGUUCUGCAGCUGAGACUUGAAGCAGGCAUCAACAGAGUAAAAGUGUCUCAGGCCGCGGCGGAUCUCCAGCAGUUCUGUCUUCAACACGCUCCGCAGGAUCCGCUCCUCACCGGCAUCCUCUGCAUCGUCCUCCGUCUUGGAUCAUUGCACUCGGGCUCAUGGACGGGAUCGACCCUUGAGUAUUAA